ACUCGCGUAGUCGCUUUAGGCAUCUCCCUCGAAGCGGCACAGAAGGGUCGAGGUCAAAGAGAAAUGGCCAGCAAUGCCCCAGCGGAGCAGGGACGUAGGCGGCGCUGGCCAACGGUGACGGAGUGCGCCGCGCGAGGAAGUGAAACGCCCUGCACCCAAGGCCUUCCCACCCGCCGCUGUGGCCUCUGCGGCGCCGUCGCAUACUGCUCCACGAACCACCAAAUUUCACAUUGGAGUGAGCACAGAAAAGAAUGUGCAAGGCUUGAAGAGCAGAUGAAGCGCAUGGAUGUACUGAGUGAUUUCCCCUUCACAUUCUUUAUGCAAGAUGGUAAUGAGAGUAGAUGCUCCAUGCUGAGCUCAAAGGGUCUUCACCAGAUAGGGCUAUGGAAACCUGAAUGCAGCUGUGGGUCUUCCAUUCCAAUGGAUGAGUUGUUAUAUGAUGACUGGACUUUGCCAAGUUCUCUAUGCCCAUGUCAUGAGCCUAGAAGUCAAUUAUCAUCUUGCUUGAGCUGCUGGGAUGACUAUUACCAGUGGAGACAUCUGCCACUUCAUUCACCAGUUGCAUUAUUGCUUCAUUGGCCGCUGACUGUGUACCACUGCUUUCAAGUCUUGUCUGCCCAUAGCUCAAUUUCAAAAGUUAAAGCUGAAUUAAACAUACACUAUUUAGGACCUGAAAAAGAACUUUUGCAACUCGGAGUGUUCAGAGAGCUGUUGGCACUUUUUCCUGGAGUUCAAAUAUAUCUGAAUCUUGUUGGUCCGGCAGUUCCGCAAUUCAGGGAUGGGGAGACAGUAAGCCUUUGCAAGUACCUUCCAUGUGCAGAAGAGAGUUGUAUCUGUAAAUCACUAUACCCAGACUCUGUGGCAGAGGGAUCAAAUCACAGAAAUGCUACAAUAAGAAUAAGGCUUCACAAAGGUUUCUAUCAUGACAGAUAUAGGACCAUAAUAAAGGACUCAUAUCCUCACCUUAUUAUUGCUCCAAAUGCCGGUGUUGCUGCUUAUUCUAGUUGGUUGCCUACUGUUGAACUGAUUAAGGGAAUGGGCAUUCCAGCAAUAUUUACAGACUUCUGUGAGGAAGCUGCAAAUCUAGCUGCUAACUGCAUUAGCUCUGUCACAGGCCAGCCACUGAGAUUGCCGAUCCAAAUAAAUCCGUUUAGGCAACCAAUGGUGGUGGAAGAUAGUGUUUUAUAUCUCCCUUGCUACUCAAACUGCUUCCUCUUUGGGAUGUGAUGCAUUCAAGCUUAAAUACUUGAAUACGUUUUAUAUCUCCCCAAAAGUAAUGACUGCGAAGUCAACAUUAUGCGGUAGUUCAAGGUGAAAAAGAACAAUAAUAUAUGGAUGGACAUAUCCGUUUGGAUCAAUGUGAAAAAUUUGCCCUCAACCAACUUUUAAGUAUUGCAUACCUUUCUUUUGGUUAGUUAACGUAUUGCAUACUUCUCUCGUGUGCAACCUAAUCUUCCAGACUUCCACUGUCUCAUUAUGAAGUUAAAUAAAUGUUUAAAAGAACAAUAUUGGAUCUAUCCUCGUUUAACUCCUGUGGUCAUUCCUUGUGU